AUGUCCAAGGUGAAACACUUUCUACGCAAGCUUCACAUCGGCGAUCACCACCACCACGGGAGGCCGCCGUCCGCGCUCGAUCCUUCCCCUGGGACGGGGUCGCCGCCGCCGCAGCCGAUGGCCGCCGCCUCUUCUCCGUCGACGACCGAUUUGCCGCAAGCAGUGGUGUCGACGGAGAGCGGGGACUCGAGCGGGAGUAAUUUCAUUUACUUCGAGGAGGAGUUCCAAAUGCAGCUGGCGCUGGCGAUUAGCGUGUCGGAUCCGGGUCAGACCCUUGUUGAUCCGGAGACCGCUCAAAUCAACGUCGCCAAGCAGAUUAGCCUCGGCUGCUCGCCUUCUCAGAGCCUCUCCGAGUUUAUGUCGCUCCGAUACUGGAGCUGUAAUGUUAUAAAUUAUGAUGAGAAAGUAAUAGACGGGUUCUAUGAUGUUUGUGGAGAUUCAAAUUUGGUGGUCCAAACAAAAAUGCCAUCACUAGCUGAACUGGAAAGAACUUGUGCAUUGGAUCAUAUUGGUCGUGAGGUUGUUUUAGUGAAUCGUGCAGUUGACGUGGAACUACGGAAACUUGAGGAAAAAGUGCAUUUUAUGACCAUGGAAUGCCAUGCUUUGGACAGGAACUUGAAUACUAAUCUUCUAGUUCAAAAAAUUGCCAGGCUUAUUGUUGAAAGAAUGGGAGGCCCUGUUACUGAUGUUGAAGACAUGUUCAGAAGGUGGAGGGCAAGGAAUCAUGAUCUAAGAAUCUAUUUGAGUACAAUCAUUCUUCCCAUCGGCUCUCUUGAUAUUGGGCAUUCGCGUCAAAGGGCCUUACUGUUUAAGGUACUUGCUGACAGGAUCAACCUUCCGUGUAAGCUAGUGAAAGGAAGUUAUUAUACUGGCACUGAUGAAGGGGCUGUGAACUUGAUAAAAUUGGAUGAUGGAAGUGAAUACAUAGUUGAUCUGAUGGGAGCUCCAGGCACACUAAUUCCGACUGAGCCACCAAGCAGUCUUCCACUGAAUUUUGGGUUAGGUGCAAGAAAUAUUGCUACUUUUGCCGGUAAUGACUGCAAAUUGGGUACCACAGCAUCUAACGGAAAGGGUGAUAUUAAUUUCGUUACACCCUGUGUGGAUAGAACUCCGAAAUCUGUUUGUUCAAGUUCAGAAUCCUCUGCCAUUGCCAUGGAAUCAAUUAUAAAAGGCAGGAAAAUAUCUCAGAAAUUGCAGACCAAGCAGUUGGAGCAUGGUCCUCGAGAUCUUUAUAUUCCACCAAGAGUGUGUGAAGAGUCAUUGCAUGCCGGAAACAAUAAAUUAAGUGGAUUAGUCUCAGGUCCUGAUGAUCCUUCUUGUUUUGCUUCUAAUGCUGCCAGAAAAGCAGAAUUCUAUGGAGAAAUUCCUACCAUAUAUACUGAGGAAAGGGCACCGAAACCCAAAAAAUUGUUUUUGGACAUGAAUACCAAUGAUUUUAGGGAAGGCAAAGUGCCGGAAAGAAAUGAACUAAUGUGGAGAGGCAGCGUGGUUGACGAGUGCCAUGCAGAGAUUAACUUGACUACAAAUGAGCACUCUCUUGUACCUUACACUGGGUGGCAGUUAUUUAACCUGUCCUGCAACAGUAGUGGAGAGCAGACAGCUGCAGGAUUGGGAGCACAGCUGUUUAAACAGGAGUCGGAAGGAAAUAACAUGGAUCUUAAUAUUCCAGGGGAACAAAAUAUGCUUGUGAGUGACAGAAAUAAUGGGAUGCUUACAGAUAAUGAUACUGCUAAUGGUAGAGGACUAGUUGAUUUUUCUGGAAGUACAGAAGUUAUGUUAGUAUCUGGCACUGACCAGUCUAAUGCUAACAUGAUCCACGACAUGCAAAUUGAUCCUGUGCUGAAUGGAGUUGCAGAGAUAUUAUGGGAAGAUCUUCAGAUUGGUGAACGCAUUGGUAUAGGUAAGAGUUCUGCAAUAGAUUUGUCAUUACUUAUCUGGUUUCUCUCUCGGUGUGAAGUUGCAGUGAAGAAAUUUAUGAACCAAGAUAUCUCAGCGGAUGCACUUGCACAAUUUAAAUGCGAGGUUGAGAUCAUGUUAAGGUUGAGACAUCCUAACGUUGUUCUUUUCAUGGGAGCUGUGACUCGACCCCCAAAUUUGUCUAUAUUGACAGAAUUUCUUCCAAGGGGUAGUUUAUAUAAGCUGCUGCACCGUCCAAAUAUCCAAAUAGAUGAGAAAAGGCGAAUAAAAAUGGCACUCGAUGUGGUUUGUGAUUUUGGGAUGUCACGUUUUCAGUACCAUACAUUUCUAUCUUCGAAGUCGAUUGCUGGGACAGCAGAAUGGAUGGCCCCAGAGGUUCUAAGGAACGAGCCAUCUAACGAGAAGUCUGAUGUAUAUAGUUUUGGGGUUAUACUGUGGGAGCUGGCUACUCUGCUAGUGCCAUGGACGGGGAUGAACUCGAUGCAGGUGGUUGGGGCCGUCGGAUUCCAGGGAAGACAUCUGGAAAUCCCACCCACAGUUGAUCCCCUUGUGGCGGCUAUAAUAAAUGACUGUUGGAGUAGAAAUCCACAGGAACGGCCUUCUUUUGCACAGAUUAUUACACGGCUCAAGGGUCUGCAGCGCCUCACUGUAAAGCUGUAGAGGUCGGUGUUCGACUUUGGUGUAGAGAAUAGGGGAAGAGCUCGUUUAUGGACACCCAAAGAUCCCUAAAUUAGAGCUAUAAGUAAGUAAAAAAAAAUACUUUUGGAUUGGGAAGUGUUGUUGGUUCAUUCAAAUUGGGAACUCAAGACGCAAGCAAGACACAGCCAAACUCAGACGGGAAAAAAUGUUUCUUCAACUUCAAAAGUGUGGUUGAAGAUCAGUUUGUGUAGUCCUUAAAAAAUGGAAGAGGGAAAUGGUAAAAAAAAACUCCAUCUCUUCACGUUUCUAGAUUCGAACUUGAAUCAAUGUAGUAUUAUCUAUUUGUAAGAAUGCCUGAAUAAAAAGAGGGGAAAAAAAGAUAAAGAAAAAAAACAAAAGAAGAGUUUUUGCAUCUGUGUGAGAUCAUCAAGUGAGCAAAUGUAAAAUAGGGUCUCAACAGGUUGUACCUGAAGAAGAGUAAGUUUCUAAAGGAAGUGGAAAUUGCAACUUUGGCCCCUUUAUUUAUUUAUUUAUUUUUUUU